GCCAUUAAGUCAUCUAUGACAACGCUUUAUUGGAAAAAAAAAUACUAUUGUAACGUUUUUUAUUUCCCUCCCCAAUAUUGCCAAAAAUCAAAGAAAUAUAAAAAUUGUGUCCCCAAUUUCACCGAUGUUUCCUUAAGCUCCGAUGACCCAAUUUCACUGUGCUAUUUCAUUGAGCUCUUUGACUGAUUAACUCUCAAAUUGACUGCCUAAUUCGGGUCAUUCUUCUUCAUCUUUUCUACAUCAUCAACUUCACUCUUAUCCCUCUAGAAACUUCAAUUCUAUGAACAUGGAUGAAAUUCUCAAGAAUAUUUAUUCUGAUUCUAAUCCUUUUGCUUCUGACCCCACUGUUACCUUCACCGUCACCACUUUUGUUGCUAUUAAUUCUAUUGUUGUGGUCGCCGGUGGUGGUGGUGGUGGGGAUGUGGUGCUCAGUAAGACUGUAGAUGAGGCCUUAGAAAUACAAGGAAAGCAUUCUGAAGCUGUGGUGAAACUGUUUAAAAUUUGUGUCAUUCACCAGAUAUUUCCUCCUAAAGAGUUCUCAUUUUGUAUCUCUUCAUUUUAUACUUUGUUAAGUUCGUCUGAUUUAUGCUCUAUUUGUGUAUCUCAUGGUGUGUUCUGUUUUAAUUCUUUUGGAAACAUCUUAGCAUUGAGCCAUUGAUAUCUUUUAAAAAUAAAAGAAUCCAGGAAAAAUAACAGUUAUAACUUAUUCUUGAUCCCAAUUUUUGAUGGAGUAUAAUUUACUAUCUGAAGAAAAUGGCUAGCGAUCAUCCUAGAAUAUGGAAUAUUUACCAUUUGUAGUAAUUUUUCU